CAGGUCUCGGGGGCAUCCACACCACUGUCUCCUCGCUCCCCGUUCAAUCCUAAUAAGCCGCUACCAUCACCCCCUCCGCCGGGCAGCGAGCCAGCCCCCGCAGCCAAACCCGUACUCAAACUCGCCCGCAUCAUGGCAACUCUGACCGAGUCCGAGAUCGAGAAGCUCUUCUCAGGGGCCCCGCAGUACUUUGCCCGUUCUGAGGGCCACUACACGGGGGCGCCCCAUCCCUCGGUAGCCUUCCCGUGGGACGAGAAGCUCGAGAUUAGGGACCUCACGGAUCACACGCAGAUCGAAGACAAGGCUUGGGGAGUGGUCACGGCAUGGCCUCAUAUUACGCGUGACAUCCUUGGCGACCAGUCGGCCGCCAAGAGAGCUACAGAAGAGAAGCGCCGAGCACACUUCUACCCGCGGUGCCGCGAGCGCCCUAGCAUGCUGAGCUCGGCCGGCCUCGAGAAGGGGAGCAUGGGCUAUCAAGCGGCGCUUGAGUUGGGCGUGGCCGACGCCUUGCAGGAGGACCAAUGGGGAUUCGAGCAAAUAGGCACCUUGACGCCCGUCAUUGUUGAGCAACGCCAGAAGAUGCUCACCUCUAGGGACGGCCUCCGCCACAUGGAAGAGACGCUCAUCAUGGAACAGCUGAUCAAGAAUGGGCAGAGGUACAGCGAGCAGCACCCGCGGGAGCGUCGUGUCUCGAGCGAACUUUACAAUGAGUUGUUCCUCCAGAUCCUUCAUCCGCCGACAAAGGUGCUCGACCAUCGGGACCCCUAUAGUCUCUCGGUGCAGAUCCAGGCCCUCGUCAAGGUUCUCGCCGCCCCGAACAUGUGGAUUGACUUCUCCCAUGUGGAGUGGCGGAUCCGCCUCGGCCAGUUACUAUGGGGAAACCCUAUCGAGGACGAAGUUGACGACGGAGCUUCAGUCAGGACUGGCGAGUCGGCGAGCGAGACGACUAGCGACGUCCAUGAGGAGAGAUACUGGCUUCUUUUACAAAUCCUGUUGGCCUGUGAGUUACUUGUCCGGCUGGACGCAAUCACCGAGGGCGAGGAACUUGGCGUUGAGAGCAUCCGGCCGUCAGAAAUCCUCAAGUUUGAGAAGGACGCGAACAAGUCGGUCAAGUGGUCUUUGCACCUUGCUCGGGCGUGGCUGGAGAAUAUCGAGGUGGUAAAGACUGAGCCGGCGGAGCGGCCGGGUGCCGAAGACAAGCCGUCCGGCUGGUUAGCAACUCUGACCAAGCGGAUAUCACUAUCUCGUGACGGCGGGUCGCAUCGCCGUAGCCAGCACCACGGACCCGUCUACGCGAUCAGAGGGAGGCACGUUCAACGCCAAGUCGAUGGCUUGACCCAUUUCGCGAGGCAGCUGAAAUGGCCCGACGUCGAACCGUACGCCUGGAGGAUAUCGGCGAACUGCCAGAGCAUCGCCGAGGGGAACAUCCUUGACGACUCACUUGCCAGUGCGGGAAGCCGAAGCGACAGCCAUCGCUCCUCAUAUUUUGGAGGCUCGCAUCUUGGCGAGCGCAAGCCAGAUUCGAAGGUCAAGCGGAUGCCGUCCAGAAGAAGAAAGAUAUCAGCCGCUCUGCACCCCGCAGGCUGGCUGUCCAAAAGCUACGUGUCGGGGCUGAUGCUGCCAGGUGAAGGACUUUGCCACUUUUUGAUGGCGACCUUGCUGGAAAAUGAUCGCGAGGCCAUGGGGAGACUUGGACCCAUGGCGAAUCUAUGCGGUGGAUUUGUGUACUCCGGCAAGAGCUUCUGGAGCACGUCGUGCAUUGUUGGCCGGGUUCUCGCUGCUGGCAAAGGCUCUGCUGAGUGCAUGGGCUGGAUUUCCAGCGAUAUUAAACCCCAGAGACUUGGCGACGGUUGGGUAAACAUUGAAGUUGAGGAAACUCCCGAUGACGCCCAUAACGUAGAGAAGAAAGCUCGACUUUGGGGGAAGCAAAACAUUGAAAGAGAGUCACGCGUACUGGGGGAUACUGAUCCCUCAUCUGUCUUCCCAGCAGACUUCAUCAUACCGUUUGAAAACAUCUACCGGGAAAAGACACCCCCCUGCCUUAAGAUUGACCUCAGGGCUCUUAAUCUUUGGGCCCCGGUUGACUCGGUUUACACAACCCCUACCGAGGACCUCAACGCGACGCCAUUUUCUGAGGCCAGUCGACCUCCGGAAAUCCGUACUUAUACGUCGUCGGUAUCUUUUACGGUAACAGACAUGGACUCGGGGGCGGAAGAGGAGCGUACUUUUGCGUUGGCUAAAGACAUCAAUUUCGUCACGGCCCACCCUUGCGUGCCGUCUCAGCAUGUAAAGAUACUGAAGUCGCCAUCAAGCCCAACCAUCCAACAAGUUGAUCUCUCAGGGGAUUCUGCGGCCGGUAAGACCGCCAGCGUUAUUGGCCAUCCGCUGCACAAAUACUACACUUAUACAGCUCUCCAUUUGUCGGAGCUGCUAGCGAAGCAAGACUUCUCGCUAGAAGCAUUUCUGAGCAAUUAUUCAUCAACCGCCCACCGCCCUAGCCUGACCCCUGCGUCAAAUAACGCUGCUAAGGUUCUUGUGAUUGACUGCAUCACUGGCUUUCAGUCGUUGCCGCAGGAGCACGAAAUACCUCUGUCGCCGGUUAUAAGCCGGUCAGGCAGUCAAGCAUCAGCUAGCUGGUCGCCGCUUCAGCCUGGGCCUGUGGCCGAGUCCGUGUAUGGUACGGCCGCCGUGAGUGGUGCCGGGAUUGGGAGUCUUGCUGGCACGCUGGAAAGCGCGAGCAAAAAGAUGCACUCGGAGACACGGCGCCGCCAGUUUGGAUCUGACAUGGAGAUUCUUGUCAGGGCUUUUUGCGCUGAGAAGGGCUGGAACGCCCUGAUCAGCAGGCGAAGACGAGGUUGUUUAGCAUGUGCGAUACGCGAGGCCGGGGCGUUGGGCUGGAAGGUCAUUAUCAGAGUCGAUUAAGGAUAAAAUGCGACGAAGCUCCUGGGGGAGUUGUACGAAAUUAUUGGGAAAAAGCUGAUUAGGAAAUUCAAAACAAAAGGCUCUCGGUGUAAAAAGCAAAAAAAGAAAACCGUCAAAACGGGUCAUGUCAUUCAGGCAAUGGGUGGACGGAGGAGG